CACCCCCAAGUAUAAACCACGCCCCGCCACCCUCCCCCACCCACCCGUCGCCUGCAACUGCAACCCAUUUCUCCCCGAGCCCCGACGCGUGCUGCACCCUCGUCGCCGCCGCCACUCCAGCUCGGCCCCCAUGGCUUCCCUCGCCGGAUCCGCCCUCUCCUUCGCGAGGCCCGUCAAGGCAAUCAACAUCAAGUCGGUCUCUUUCUCUGGUUUAAGGAAGGAUAAUGUUGCCUUCCGCCUGCAGCCAGUGCCACAAAGAUUUGCAGUCUGCUGUCCUGCUAAAAAGGAGACGGUGGAUCAGGUUUGUGAUAUUGUCAAGAAGCAGCUUGCACUCGCUGAUGACACUGAAGUUUCUGGCUCCUCCAAGUUCCAAGAUCUUGGUGCUGAUUCAUUGGACACUGUUGAGAUUGUUAUGGGCCUUGAGGAGGCUUUCGGGAUCAGUGUGGAGGAGUCGAGCGCGCAGUCAAUCGCAACCGUGGAAGAUGCUGCUAAUCUCAUCGAUGACCUUGUCGCCACUGGUGCAAAGUCGUCCUAAACUCGUGGUUGUAAUGAUUUGGGUGCUUAUACUGGCCCUGUACCAGGGCAUCCCUUGUUCUAUGCCCCUUUCCCUGCUAGAUUUUACCCUGGAGAGCUGUUUCUUUGUCAUGACUAUCACUGUGGAUCUCGCGAUAUUAUUGUAUUGAAGCAUUUGCACUUGUUCAAGCAAAAUUUUGUUGUGUCUAUAAUUGAA